UUACGCAGGAGGAAAGCAAAUGGAUGUCCUGCCAGAUUCAGCACCCCUGGCUACGAAACUGCGGAACACCCUGGUUCAGUACCACAGCAUCGCAGACAGCGAAUGGCGGGUCGCGAAGAAAACCAAGGAUGCAACUGUGUGGCGUAAACCAUCAGAGGAAUUCUGUGGAUAUCUCUACAAAGCUCAAGGAGUGGUGGAAGAUGUUACUAACAGAAUAGUGGAUCAUAUUCGCCCUGGACCUUAUAGGCUAGACUGGGACAGCUUGAUGACUACAAUGGACAUCAUGGAAACUUUUGAAGAGAACUGCUGUGUGAUGCGCUACACCACUGCUGGCCAGCUCUGGAACAUCAUAGCACCAAGGGAGUUUGUGGAUUUCUCUUACACUACAAGCUAUGAAGAUGGGCUUCUAACAUGUGGUAUAAGCCUAGACUAUGGAGAGGUGAGACCUAACUUUGUCCGUGGAUUCAAUCACCCUUGCGGUUGGUUCUGCGUCCCUCUCAAGGACUAUCCUAGCCACAGCCUUUUGACAGGCUAUAUUCAGACUGAACUGCGAGGGAUGCUACCACAAUCUGCAGUAGACACUGCCAUGUCUAGUACCCUGGCCAAUUUCUACUCUGACCUCAAAAAGGCACUGAAAACAUAGACAAACAGUGACUUAAAAGCCCAUGCGUUUCUUGCAAUCAAACUAUAUUGUUUAGCUUAGCAUAGGUUAGCUACUGAGUUAAGAGGUGAGUAACAUUGUUCGUGAAUGAUACCUGAACCUUUAUGUAGAGGGAUCCAAACAACUUUACCAAGUACUUUUUGAUGUGAUACUUAGCACACAUUCCUAAUUCACAGCGCGAGAUUCUGUUUCCUGCUCAGCACUCUGCAGCUGUGUAAGGAGUAGUCUGAAUCUGUAAACCUCUGGUUUCAUAGGUAGAAAACACAAGGUGUGUGGGGGGACUUGAAAAAUGCAGCAUGAACUCAGCUCUCACCAACAGUAUUGAGAGUGGAGUGCUCAGGAUUUUGCGGGUGCAGGUCGCUGUACAGGCAGGAUCUCACUGAAGAUGUGAUUUUGUAAUAUAUAUAUUUUUAUAUUUACUUAAAAUAUUUGAUUUAUGUAGUUUGUACGGGUGCAUCUGUAAUUUGUUUUAAAAGAUUUGCUUUGAUCUAUCGUAGGGUUUACAUAGCUAAGUUGUUAAAUGAUACUAUUCAUAAGAAAGCUAUUCGCUCUUGUUAGUAAAAAUAAGUAUUCAUUAUUGGCAUUUCUUUGAUGUUGUAACUGUAACUUAAUUAACUGUUAUAUAUAACAGU